GAAUUAUUUCAUCAUACCUCGGCCGAUGACAGCGUUACAAGCGUAUAAAGCUUGUUUUGAAGAGGACAGCGUAUUGGCAGUUCCGGAUUCAAAGGAUGAGGAGGAGAACAUCUUUACACGGAACCUUAAUUGGACUGGAGAUAACGAGUUUUGGACAGGGGUCUACGUUGAUGUUGCUCCAUGGGUAUAUGCCAGACAAAAACCAGUGCAUAUGUAUAUCGGAUUGGUACGUACAAGCUAGUCAUGGAGAUUAUGCGCCGCAGGUCUGGUGUAACAGUGAGUGUAACGGAGAUGGUGGAAGGUGCGGAGGACAGAAGGUAUACACGCAGUAUAGUCGAUGUCAUGGGAAAGCGUGUCCGGUCGACUUCAACCUGGAGUUUAACUGUGCGUACGUCGAUUUGUCUGGUACAAUAAAGGCGGCUUCGUGUGAGGAACAACACUUCCAUGUCUGUGUUAUAGGUAAGGGUAGCAUAGGGUUUACAUUUAUAAGUUCUUCUGGUAGUUAG